AUGUCCACUAUGUUAUUAAUUGAAACUAUUAGAAGACAAGAAAAGAAAAUAGAUGAUUUAAGAUUUAAAAUUUAAAGAAGUGAGAGUGUAAAAAAGAGUAACAGAAAUAUAGAUAGUGUUCAAAAAAAAGAAUAUAUUAAAUCCAAAACUUUUAAUAAGAUAAAUACAUCGCCUGCUCAAAAAAUGAAAGAAAAAGAUUUAACCAUCAAUAUUUUAACUGAGAGACUUAAUAGAGCCUUUGUAAUUGAAAGUGAAGUAAUAUAUGUAAAAAAAAUGCCAAGUUGAAAUAUUAAUUUAAAAAGUAAAAGGUUAUGUUUAAAUGCCUUUACAAUGAAUUAUAUAGUGAGGUUCAAAAUAUGAAAAGUGAAAUCAAACGAUUGACGACACCCUAGAAAUAUAAAAAAGUACUUUAUUUUUGA